GGCUGCGCCCUGCGCUGCGCAUCGCUCCGGGAGCGCCGCGGGGAGCGGCACCGGCACCGGCACCGGCAGCGGCAGGAGGAAGCGCCGCGCCGCUGGGAGCACGGCCGGCACCGGGAUAAGGACCGGCACCGGCAGAAGAGCUAGGACCGGGACCCCGAGAAGGACUGGCACAGAGACCAGGAGAAGGACUGGCGUGGGGAGCGGCCCCGGGAAAGGCAGAGGCGGCGGGAGGAGGCCCAGCCAUGGCUCUGCGCCGGCUCUGCGCGGUGCUGCUGCUGCUGCUGCUGCCGCUGCCCGGCGCCAGGGGUGAGUGCCAGCAGCCUCCGAGGUUUGCCUAUGCCGAGCCUUCCUCGCCCGCGCAGCCCCCGUACCCCGAGGGCACCAGGCUGAGGUACAAGUGCCGCCCAGGGUACGCGGUGGACAAGGACAAGUUCCCCAUGGUCACCUGCGCCAACUCCACCUGGCUUGCUCAGCCUGACUUCUGCAUCGGGAAGUCCUGUGGCCCACCCCAACUCAUGAAUGGCAACUUCAACUUCACAACCAACCUGCAGUUUGGGGCAACCAUAAGCUACACAUGCAACCUUGGGUACCGACUGGUUGGGAAGUCCACUGCCACCUGUGUGCUUGAUGACACUGGAGUUUCCUGGGACAACAUUCCAUACUGUGCCAUUAUUCCCUGUUUCCCACCUCCUGAGAUAGAGAAUGGGCAGGUCACUGAUGGGGACAGAGACUUCACCUUUGGCAUGACUGCAACCUACAGCUGCAACAAAGAUUUUGCUCUCAUUGGAGAUGCCACAAUUCAGUGCUUGGCAGAUGAGAACCAUGAGGGAGUGUGGAGUGGUUCAGUCCCUGAAUGCAAAGUGGUCAGCUGUGAGAACCCAGAGGUGCCCAACGGGAGAAGGUUGUCUGGCUUUGGCACCAAGCACACCUACAAAGACACAGUGACCUUCGGGUGUCUCCCUGGCUAUCGGCUGCGUGGCAGCAGCCUGGUCACUUGUGAAGCAAACAGUGACUGGAAUCCACCUCUGCCAACCUGUGACCCAGUCUACUGUGGUCCUGCUCCACACUUCCCCUUCGCCCAGCUGCCGGUGGCUGUAGGUGAGAGCUUUCCUGCUGGAACUGUGCUGAGGUAUCAGUGUAACCCAGGCUAUGCUGCAGCAAGUGGGAAGUCCCCUGAUGUCACCUGUCAGGAUGAUGCAUCCUGGUCUGCAGACACAGACUUCUGUACACGACAGAGCUGUGUUGCUCCCACCAUAGCCCAUGGGGACGUGACUGGCAGCAAGUUCCUCUUUGAGUCAGUGGUGAUGUUCAGCUGUCAUCCUGGGUACCAGUUAGAGGGUUCAUCUUCUGCCAAAUGUGUGGUGUCAGGAAGUGGAGUGGAUUGGGAGCCAGAACCUCCAUCCUGUAAAGGCCAGCACUGUGAAGAGCCUCCCAGCAUUGCCAAUGGGCUGCACAAUGGCACAAAGGGCACAGCCUUUCUCCAUGGCUCCGUGGUAGCUUAUAAGUGCAAGGAAGGCUUCACCCUUGCUGGAACAGCCUUUCUGCAGUGCCUUGCAGGAGAUGCAUCCCAGAGAGGCUGGAGCAGGCCUGCUCCUGAAUGCAAAGGUGGUGCAAACAUCAUCAUUGCUGGAAUCUUCCCUCUCCUCCUGGCAAUGCUGAUUAUGAAUGUCUAAAUGAAGGAAUGGACACAGCCUGGAGGGCACCUCCAGGCAUGUUGGACUCGAUGACACUUGUGCCCAUGCUCUCCUGCUCCCUCCUGUGAAACUGGCCAAGAAGAGACCUUGGAUGACAAAGCUCUGCUGCUCCCAGCUGCAUCCCAGCAAGCACUUGGCACUUUUGGCUGCACUGCAUUGCACACAGCAGCUCAUGCACAGGACUGGGCUGGGAGGUCUCCACCACCCAGCUGAGAAUGCUCUACAGAAAUCAGGAGCAGUUAUCCCCAUCACAACAGUGCCAAAGACAAACAAAAGUUGGCUCAAGAAAAUUCUGCUCUUGGGGGGGCACCUCCAGUUUCUCAGCCCCACUAAAGCCACCUUGUGCCUGGAUCUGAUCAGGAUUCAGGGCAUUCUUGAAUGUGUUGAGAUGGAAAGUGCUGUGGAGAGGAUUAAUGGUGAAUGUCUUUGUCUGAGUGAUCAAAAGGUUGAUAGAAAUGGGGAGGGAGGGGAGGGUGAGUCUGGUAGUGAAAGCACUGGAAACACUGAUGUGAAAACAAAGCUGCAAAUGCUGCUUCAGGGUGAGCCUGAGCCUUGUCCCUGCAGCAGUGCACUUUAGCAGAGAGAAAAUAAUUGAACUGCCACAUGACAAAGAAGUGUUGGUGUUAUUCUGCCUCCUGCUGCCUGCUCUAAGGCCAGUGGUAAGCUGCAGCUGAAGGCCUCUGCUCUGCCACUAUCUCUGUAUCGCAUCGGAGCUCUGCAGCAAGCACCCUGCUGAAACAUCCUUCCUGUCCCUGCAGUGCCUUGAUGCUUCUCUUGAAGUGCUGAAGCUUUUGGCAAGCCCAAAGCCCCAGGAGGAACCCAUUUGAGUGGGUGCUCAGGGUGCAGUGGAGCUCAUCUCCAGGCAGGUGCUGUCCAAUCCCACUUGCAGGUGUCCUGGCAGAUGCCACCAAGCAUCCGAACGUUGCUGCCUGUGAAGCUUUGCACUUUCGGCUCAAAUGCAGCUGCUUGGAGUGACUGAGGCAAGGGACUGCUGUCUGGAUUUGGGCUUCAAAGGCUCUUCCAGGUGGUGCUGUACACCUGGAGACCAUGCUGGCCCCCACAACGGGUUGGCUGGGUGUGAGCUCAGCCCCAGGAUACCUCAGGUCUGCUGUGAUAUUGGAGAGGCUUUGGGGCUCUUGCUCUGCUCCUUGCUCAGAUGCUGCACUCAAAGUAAGGGCAAAUGCUCAUCAAGCCAAAGUCUUAAUUUACCCCUCCAAGGAGGACACAAAUCUGC